AGCAGCUGCAAGCAUUCGAGUUCGAGAAUCAUGAAUGACUAACCGUUUCUUUUUUAUACUUUGUAUUUUGUUGGUUGGAUGUUGGAUUAUUAUUAAGUGAUAUAUUAAAUAUUUAUUGAAAAACUUUAGCAUUAAUUUUUUCCGUUUGUAUCAGCCUGUUGUGUCUUACAAACAUGAAUUAUCAAGAAAAUCAAUUGUCAGACAUGUUAGAAGUUUACAUAUGUACAAAAUUGUCAGAACCGGAGAUAAACACGAGGAGAUACAGAAAAGGUAUGACCAUUAAUGAUCUAAAAAAUAAAUUGGAAAUGAUCACUGGACGAUCGGCCGGUACUAUGAUACUAUCAGCUUACGAUAAAGAUAAGUUAAUAGCCAAAUUGGAUGAUGAUGAUUCACAAUUGGGAUCAUAUCCAGUUGAAAAUGGUAUGUUUUUAUUGGUUGACGAUCCAGCAUUUGAGGCAUCUGAUCAGGAUUCUGUUGAUGGCUACAAAAUGACCGACGAAGAAUAUAAUGCCAAACAAGAAACAUUGAAAAGCUUUUUAAAGAAUAAUAAGCUGGGUAAAUACAAUCCCGAAUAUCUUAAACAACAAGAACAAGAAAACUUGGAAAAAGAACAACAAGAAAAUAUUGAAAAAGAACAAAUCGACAAAAUGGAAAUUGGACAGAGAUGUUGUAUUCGACUACCGAACAAACCUGCUCAACAUGGCACAGUUAUGUACAAAGGACGAUUAGAUGACAAAAGUGGCUACUGGGUUGGAGUCAAAUAUGAUGAACCGUAUGGCAAGCACAAUGGAACUUUAAAUGGAAAACAAUAUUUUGAAACACCUCCUAAAUAUGGAUCUUUUGUUACUCCUUCAGCAGUUGAAAUUGGUGAUUUUCCAGUGCUUGACGAUGAACUUUAAUCAUUUUAAACAUUCCUUAUUUCUAUGUAUUACUAUUGUUGUCAUCAUUAUUAGCUAACAUCGAUAAAUUAGUAUUAAUUAUGCAAUAUUUUAAUAUAUACUAUAUUUUUUACACUUUUUUUA